CCCGCCGCCGCCCCCGCGGGGGCCGGGACAGAGCGCGCCGCGGCCCCGAGACGCGGCCCCGAGGAGAGGGCGAGGGAGCGGGAACCGUGCCGGCCUCGGUGCAUGAUGUGGGUGCCGCUGCUGGCGUGCCUCACCGCGGGGAUCGUCUCCGUGCCCAAGUGCCAGCGCGGCCCCGGAGCCCUCCUGGGGGCGGCCCGGCUGCUGGCGGCCGUGCCGGGACUCUGCCAGCGCCCGGAAAACAGAUGUGCCACUUCAAAUGCAGUAACAUGCACAAAGUGUCUUGCUUUGGGUCCAGAGUGUGGAUGGUGUGCUCAAGAGGAUUUCAUGGCCGAUGCAGCACAGAAAGGACGCUGUGACACUGUUUCCAACUUAAUGAAAAGAGGCUGCCAAUCAGACUUUGUAGAAAGUCCCACAGUUGAUGUCACAAUACCCAAUGACCGUGAAACAAAUACACAAGUGACGCCAGGAGAAGUUUCAGUCCAACUACGUCCAGGAAGUGAAGCAAGCUUUAUGUUGAGAGUUCGUCCUCUAGAGAAAUACCCUGUGGAUCUUUAUUAUUUAGUUGAUGUCUCAGCCUCUAUGCACAACAACAUAGAAAAACUGAAUUCCGUUGGAUUUGCUUUGUCCAAAAAGAUGGAGAAUAUUUCCCUUGAUUUUCGACUUGGAUUUGGAUCCUAUGUGGAUAAAACUGUGUCACCCUAUAUUAGCAUUCAUCCAGGCAGAAUCCAUAACCAAUGCAGUGAUUAUAAUUUAGAUUGUAUGCCUCCCCAUGGUUAUAUUCACGUGCUAUCCCUGACUGACAAUAUAGCAGAAUUCAGAAAUGCAGUGAAUAAACAAAAAAUUUCGGGGAAUAUUGAUACACCUGAAGGCGGUUUUGAUGCGAUGCUCCAAGCAGCUGUCUGCCAGAGUCAUAUUGGCUGGCGUAAAGAAGCAAAACGACUGCUUCUUGUGAUGACAGAUCAAACUUCCCACCUGGCCCUUGACAGUAAAUUAGCAGGGAUUGUAAUUCCCCAUGAUGGAAACUGUCAUUUGAAAGAUAAUGUGUACAUCAAAGCUACGAGUAUGGAGCAUCCAUCUCUUGGGCAGCUCUCUGAAAAAUUGAUUGACAAUAACAUCAAUGUUAUUUUUGCAGUUCAAGGAAGCCAGUUCCAUUGGUAUAAAGAUCUGUUACCCCUGCUGCCUGGUACUGUUGCAAGACAGAUAGAGUCACAAGCAGCAAAUCUCAAUGAUUUGGUGGUAGAAGCCUAUCAGAAACUAAUCUCUGAGGUGAAAAUUCAAGUGGAUAACCCAAUACAAGAUCUUCAUUUCAAUAUCACUGCAAUCUGUCCUGAUGGAAGUAAAAAAAUUGGCAUGGAAGGAUGUAAAAACGUGGGAUAUAAUGAAGAAGUACUUUUCAAUGUAUCAGUGACAAUGAAAGGAUGUGAUACAGCAGGAGGAAGAAAGUAUGCAGUACUUAAGCCUAUUGGUUUCAAUGAAACCGCCAUCGUUAACGUGCAGAAGAGCUGUGCUUGUCAGUAUGGAGACAGCGCAAAGCACAAAAGAGUAUGGACUGAGGAAACUUUUUCUGAGGGCAAACAGUCCCAUUGCAGUGACAAUAGUUGUAGCUCUAGUAGAGAUAUCCUUCCUUCUGAGACAUGCAGACAGCACCAGGACCAGCCCAUCUGCAGCGGUCAAGGAAAUUGCAUAGAUGGGAAAUGUUUCUGCUACAAAAACAAGCUGGGCAAGGUGUAUGGCAAGUACUGUGAAAUGGAUGACUUCUCCUGCCCGUAUCACCAGGGAAACCUGUGUUCUGGUAACGGUGAAUGUGAAGCUGGCAAAUGCAAAUGCUUUGCUGGCUGGGAAGGUGACCGUUGCCAGUGCUCCAUACAGUCCUCGAAACACUGCCUGAAUGCAAAGGGCCAGACUUGCAGUGGAAGAGGAAGAUGUGUAUGUGGAAGGUGUGAGUGCACGGACCCAAGGAGCUUUGGCCGCUUGUGUGAAUAUUGCCCUACUUGUAACAAAGCCUGUGAUGAAAACUGGAACUGUGUUCAGUGCCAUCAUUCUAGCAACACAUCUCAAGCAAAACUUGACCAGUGCACAACCUCAUGUGCUUACCUGCUGCAUUAUAUUGACCAAACUUCAGAAUGUUUCUCUGGACGAAGCUACUUUAGAGUCUUUUCCAUAAUCUUUAUAGUUACCUUUCUGAUCGGGUUGCUUGUUGUCCUUAUCAUCAGGCAGAUAAUUCUGCAGGGGAGUAGCAACAAAGUUAAAUCUUCAGCUGAUUACAGAGUGUCGGCAACAAAGAAGGAUAAGAUGUUUUUGCCUACUGUUUGUACAAGAACAGUAACGUACAGACGUGACAAGCCAGAGGAAAUAAAUAUCGACAUCAGCAAGCUACGACUAAACGAGACUUUCAAGUGUGAGCUCUGAAGACACUGUGUUUCCUGCAAACGUUUGUUUCCAUCAUGCUUGACUUUUCCAAAGUCACCUUUUGUGCUCUGGCAGAGGCUCGACUGUUGCCCUCUGGUUUUGUCUUGUGCAUUUUGUUGAAUACUGUAACAAAGUGACGUGUAAGCAUAUUCACAGAACUGUGUGACUAUGUUUGGAACUAGAGCUGCUGUAUUUUCUUUUUUUACUUGGGUUUUGUUUUGUUUUGUUGUUGAAAGAGAAAUGUGCAUUACUACUGUUCAGGAACAUUAGUGUCAACGUAGCACUUUAGUAUCUUCUAAUUUAUUUAGUUAUGGCCUAGAAUGUAGAUAUGAACUGGUCUGACAAAGCACUGAUCUCACUGUACAUGUAGCUAGGACUGAUGUGCUCUGUGGGAAUGGACAAAAGCUGUGACUGAAACCUUAACAUUGCUGUAUAUUAUAGCAAUAGAUGAAACUAUUCAAGCACUCUUAAGUACAGUAAAUGGUACUUUUAUAGUCCUCUCAGUUGACAAAUUCCACUGAUUUGUCUGCUUUAGCCUCUUAGCUUUUCCUCAGUACUUAAAAGCGAUUAGAUUAAAUGAGUGCUUAGUUACUGUGUGGGUGUGUGGUUGUGUGUGUAUGCACACACACACAUGCAUACACACACACAGAGGUGAAUUGUAUGCAUAGUUUUCUAUAUGUACUGAAAGAUAAUUUAUGUCAUUUUUAGUCUUUUUUUUUUCUUUGACUUGUUUCAACAUAAAAUCUUCUAUACAAAUUCUAAGGUGUUUGGAAACUGAGUGGCUACAGAGAACGAGAGGGUUCCUCUGUUCAACAGCAUAGUCUAUGUGGUGAUCACUGCCAGCUGACUUCACCUUUGGAGUCAGCAGUAUCCACUCCAUUGCAAGUAGAUAAAUUACACACCAGGGCUGUGUUUGCUUUGCUAGCUACAUGUCAGUGUUUUGCCAAAUAAGGGCUUUGUUCUUUUGAUGUGAUAUCAGACAUACGUCUGAUUGUACACAUGUGCUCUUUUUUCUGUAUAAAUGAGUUGACAGGAUUAGGGGGGCUGUGAAUUCUUAUGUAAACACUUCCAUUUUGGUGACUGUAUAUUGAGAAAUGUGUUCACUGUGGUGUGAAAAAGAGCCUGCAGUUGGGAAGAAGGUGAGGAAAACAGGAGUCUUUUUCUCAAGAGACCACACUAAUUGACUUCAUAAAUGUGGGAUCAAAUUCUGCUUCAGCAAUAGGCAAAAACUCUUCUAAACACAGUGGGACCAAUAUAUGCUUACCUGAGAGCAGAAUUAGAACUACAAGGUCAAGCAGAAGCAUUUUUUUUACCCCUGAAACUGGGUAUAGUGGUGGAAGACAAGUUAUUGUUAUAUACUAGUUGGAAGAAUUAGCCAACAGUCUGAUUUACUAACUUUGUGCUGCCAAAAUCCAAUGAAAAUCUGAUCAACCUCUAAUGCACUAAAAUCUUGCUGGCAAAAAGAAAAAUCACCUCAAAAGACAGUAUGCAGUGUAUAAUUUUGGGCUCUGAGCUUUCUACCAGACAGGUAAAAGUAUCUCAUUUAAAGAAAAGGGAGGUUCCUUACACUGACCCUGAUUUUAGUAAUAGCUUCAUUUUAGAUUAUUUCUGUCAUCUAUUGAGUAUGCCUUAAACUCUCUUUUAAAACACAUGGGACCAUUUUCCCCAGAUUCAAAACAGUGGGACAAAGAGAAAGGAUUAAUAAAUAUUAACCUGCAACUGUCCUUGUCACAAUGCACUCAUAGCUUAAAGUCAGCAGGAAGCAAAGUCUCUGGGUGCCUGUUUUACUUAACCAGCCAAACAAACAAAUGUAAAUGCUCAGGGGAGAGUUUCUGAGUAGAUAGAAAAAUAUGUGAUUAUGUUUUUUUAAAGUGGGAGGUGUCCCUGCCUAUGGCCUGGGGUUGGAACUAGAUGAUCUUUGAGGUCUUUUCCAACCUAAACUAUUCUUUGAUUCUAUGAUUCUAUCUUUUUUUUAAACAGAAAAAAAUCCAUAUUUCCCAUAGUGGCCUUUAAAACAUUUCCUGAAGGGAUAGGUUUGGGAUAUCUUUUCUUUAGGAAUUACUUUUGACUGCUAGAAGAAGUUAAAUUACAUGGGAUAGGGACAGUGGAUCUGGGUUCUUUGUGAAAGAAAGAUUUUGAGCUAUAACACACAUCUUCCAGACACAUGACACUGCUACUGCUUUUCUUCUGUAGCUCUUGGUUGGCAUUGACAGUGCUGCCUGUGCAGCACAGCCAAUACUUCCUUAUCAGCCACCUGCCUGAGCAUUUAAUAUGCUCUGGUUAAAUAGAUUGGGUUCACAGGACAAACCCCAUUGUACGCUGCUGGCUGUCCUGAGGUUAAUAAAAAGCAUAUUAAAAAAAAUACCCCCUAAAGUAUCUUAAGAACACAAAACCAAGAACACUAAGGGGAAAAAAAAAGCUUUUCUUGUCUCUCCCUUAUGGCUUUGCUGUAUUGUGGAGGAGGCUAGUGAAAAAGAAUAAGCUGCUAAUGUGACAGGUCAAGGCUUUUAGAAGGCCCAUGGGGAGCUUAUACAGAGCAGGAUCCUUGGGAGGAGGCUUUGUUUCUAGGGAUGGAAUCUAUCCAUGAGAAACUCUGGCUUUGCUUGGUACUUGUUUCCCUCUGCCUUUGACCAUGUUUUUCAGAAGAGCUGCUGCAGGAGAUGAAUAGCCCAACAAAAGCCUCACUAUUUAGGGAGCUGUGUUCCCUCAGCACAUGACCUUAAAUGAGAAGCAGCCUGUAAUUCACAAGGAAUUUCCUCAGUGAUUGCAGAAGGACUCUGCUUCCUAUAGGGCUUAAUAUGGGAGAUAUUAAAGACAAAUUAGUUCAUAUUAGUUUUCAAUAUUGUAUGUCAAAGAUGCUCAUAAAAAUAGGGGGAAACACCUAGCCUUGCCUCAAUAUAGAACAUUCCAGUUUCCUGAAAUAAAGCUUUUUGUACUAAGUUUCUUUUAAAACAUGAAGAAAAAAAAUGGAAAAGAAAAAAAAAAACAAAAGAAGUCAGUAGUUUGUCUGCAUGCUUGUACCCAAAAAUAUACCAGCAGAUACUGCUGCAUCUCAGCAGUGGUUUGAGGAGUUGCUUUUAGAGUUGCUUCCACCAACGGACUACGUGCAUGCCUUUUCCACAGCACGUUUGUUAAUGUUAAAUUCCAUCUAGAUAAUCCUUCAGUUCUAAUGGCAGUUUAUUUUUAAUUUAACCUUUUUUUUGGCUAAUAUUUCAGAAGUGCCACGUUUGUGCAGUUUUAAAAAGCAUGCAUUUCACUUCAGGCUGGGGUUUGGUUUGUUGGGUUGGGUUUGGGUUUUGUUUUUUUUUUAAGACUCUAAAAAAUGCUAUGAAUUGAUUAUUCCCAAGCAUCGUGUGUACACUGCUACAGAAGCCUGUGGGAAAAUAGCUGUUUCAUCCAGAAAACCUGCACAUGGUAUGUAAGGAAUUUUCAUUGUGCCCAGCUGAAAUUCCCUUGCAUCACAAAGAAUGUUGAAGCCAAAAGGAAGGAGGUUUAUGUAGGCAUAGUUUACAUUUUAUCCAUUAUUUUCAACUGGAUUUAUUUUUUUCCUCUCCAUGGUGUCAUGAAAACCUGCUAUGUAAAGUAUUCUUCUGACUGCAAUGGGAAACAAAAGAUAGAUUCCCAGUCUGAUCAUAUAUAACCUUUGUUUCCUGCUCGUGUGCAUACCUAAAUGUACGUGUGCUGCAAACCGUGGGAGUGAACAUCUGAAGAGGCAUCAAGGAACCCUUAGUCCUGCAGUAGCCAAACAGGCCUUGUGAUGCCCCAGGCAGAGAGGUGAGAGACUUGGAAAUGAAUGGCAUCCUCAACAGGGAAAUGCCGCCUUCAAUUCCCCACGCUAUCCCCUACAGGAAUGGUGCUCAGAGACUGCAUGUCUCCAUUUGUCAGGGCAGGAAGGCUCUCCCAAGUGGGCUGGCUUGGCAGAGGUGAUAGAGUUUCUGUGCUAGGCACUGGGGCUGCACACUGCCCUCAGCACUGCGGGCUGCUGCGGCUUCGCUGCGCAGAAAAUGCUUGCAUGUAUCAUGGCAAGGACUGCCUGCGCCAGUACAUUCUGCAAACCUGGAUGCUGCAGACCUCCCUCAACAUUUCUGGGAAGUCCUUGGACAUCUGCCCAUUGACUUCCCACCAGCCCCAGGAUCUCCACUAGCCAGCCUCAAGGAAUGGAAGCUGUAGCUGGGAAAGGGCACUUCUGAUAGCGGCAUUUGUGCUGAGUCGGUGCCGGGUGACAUGGUGAGUGAAGGGUGAUGCCAGUGUUCUGGCAGUCCAUUUGCAGCAGAGGGGAGAGAUCUAUUUGCUAAGGGAGUAGUAGCUAAGAAGAACACCACUUUGUAAUGAUGAUCUUGACACUGCUCCCAGACAUCUCCUGGAUCGCACAGAGAGUUGAAAUUCAUGGAGAGGGAAGAAAGGUUUAAAUUAGUCAGCAUGAGUGCAUUUCUGUAGGAAGCCAAACCAGUGGGGUUUCACCAAGUGCGAGCCAGCUGAGCAUGGUUGGCCUUUCUGGAGGGGGGGAAGGAAAAGAAAAAAACCUAAAAUGAGUAGAUUCUUAAGCUUUAGAAAUGCUGCACUAGAUUGCAUGAUCUUUUUGUUUCUUUUUCUGCACACUUAAAAAAGGUACUUAUUAAAAAAAAGUGUAUUAAAAUCUCUGUCUGUUGUCAAAAUGAUGGCUUCUGCCCAAAUCCUGAUAUUUCAUCCUGAUACCUGUGUUGUCUUUGGUCUAUUUCAGCUAUAUUUUGAAGGGAGAUGUUGCAAGAUGAAAGAUAUGGGGAGGAGGGAAGGCAUUAGUGUUGGGUGAAUUCACCGUGCUAACAUCUUCUUCACUUUUACCUACUACUGGCUUCCAAAACUAAAGUUACUCUAAAGUGUCUUAUUUAGCAAGAGUGUGACAGCUAUUAAUAACACUACAGUUUUUCACUUUCUAUUUAACAUAUGCUACCUUUUGUAAAGAAAAAAAAAAUAGAGAGAGAGAAAUAAUGUUCCUCUAGAUUUUAUGCAUAGAGAAUGUUAGGAAGGGAAGAGGUUUUAAAUUUAUAACUGCUUACUGUGCAUUUUACAUUUUAAAUGAUACUUCUAAAUCACUACUUUUGUUUGUCUGAAAAUAUACCGAAUAUUUUAUUAUUUAAAAACAGUAUACUUUUAUAGCUGUUUCUUAAUUGCAGUUGACUACUAACUUCUAUUUUGGUAUUUAUUAAUGAGUUGACACUGUAGUAUAUUGAGAUGUUUAUUUUUCUAUCAGAGCUGUAACAACUAUGACAUAGCAUUAUUUUAAUGCAACAUCAUUGUACUUGCUCUCUAAAAAAAAUAAAAUCAAUAUUUAAUCCA